UAAACUCUGCCAUAUCAUUUUAUUCUUAAAUUAAUCAUAUUGCCAAUCUAAAAUAAAGUAAGAUAAACGGAUUAAUUAAUUGGAUAUUAAAAUUUUUAAGAUAAUUUGUUAACAACGUCACAGACGAAUUGUAUAAGGUUGCAUUAAAAGUAAAAAUACGCGGGAAUUUAUACGAAUUUCAAGUCUAAUUUUAUCGAAGCAUAUUCAAAAUCGAAUUUUCGAUAUUUUCGAUUAUAAAUAAAAAACGAUAAUGGAUAAAUUUACACUUCAUUGUUUUAAAUUAUUUUAAAUAGCGAAGAUUUUAAAGGUAAAUACUCAAAUUCGAUUCACGCGGAGAUCUUUUGAUUGAUAGAUAGAUCGAUAGAUAAUUGAUUGUCACCUUACGGUCACUUUGUAUUUCUUUCAAUAACGCAGUAAUAACAAUUGACGAUUUAUGAAGUUUAAUAAUCUAUGAUUACUCAUGAGUUGCAUCAGAAAAAGCAAGUGACUAUAAUACAAAACAGUUUUACAUAAAAGUACAAGAAUAAGAUAUCAUUGGAAGUGAUAGAAAUAUUAAUUGUGAAGCUCUAUUUUUAUAUAAAUAAUUUUUGUAUAAUCUAUUAUAAUAUGGUAACCUUAAUGGAUUCUAUAUGCAAUACUAUUGGUAUCGAUAGAGUGGAUAUGCAUGGAAGAAUGGUUUUAAUCGAAGAGCAACAUGGCUCUGAUGCAAAUUUUUUAGUGAAUGCACUUAUUUCAAAUGCAUUGAAAAAGGACUAUGGAAUUUGUUUUGUACUUUUUCAUAAUACAUUCAGUCAUUAUCAUAAUGUAAGUAUGAGAAGUGGUCAUAACCUAAUGACAUUAAAAGAAAAGGGUAAAGUAACACUUGUGGAGCCCAUGAAAGAAUUAAUGAAUAAUAUAAAUGGAAUAUAUAUGGAUACCGAUACUAUAGACGUUAGUAACAGAAUUUUCUUUGAUUUAAAUAUGAAAGUGUCGGAUAAUAGCAAAGAUAAUAGAUUAAAUGGUAUGACUGUGGUUGAUAACAUGUUUAAACUUUUAAGAGAUAGCUAUAAUGAAGUGGCAAAUCAAAACAAAACAGUUUUAAUAAUUAUAGAGGAUAUUUCUCAUCUGUCCGAUUUAGGAUUAACUCUUAAAGAUUCUAUGUACUAUGUAAGAUAUAUAAGAUCGCUUAUGGAAUCUUAUCCUAUGACACAGUUGUGUGUUACAGUGCAUACAUACCAAAAUGAUGUACAAAGUUGUACUCCUAAUUUUAUUUGUAAUAAUCUUAAAUAUAUGGCAGAUCUUGUUCUUAUAGCAGAACCAUUAAUGACUGGUCAUUCUAAUGAUGCUUCUGGAAAAAUAACAGUCUGCUGGAAUGUAGAUUCUGUAAGAAGCGAAUAUCAUUGGACAGAAAAAAUGACAUAUUUAUAUAAAUUGCUAGGUUGGCAUGUAAAAAUAUUUGCACUCGGUGCAACAACGUUUGUGACAUAAAAGACUUGCUUAUGAAAACAUCGAUGUAUUAUAUUAUUU